CGGAAGUCGCAUGCUUCCCUGCCCGCAGCUCGAUGCCGCUCCGUUCCGUUGAGCUCUCUCGCGGUGAUAGGUGACCGCCAGUCGGAUCCCCCUUCGCCCGUUAACAAGGACCGACGCUCGGCGGACGUUCCCUGGACAGCUGCGCGCGCUUUCUUUCUUCCCUCGUCGUCGUCGAAACGCUCGCGCGGUUGUGAGCGGAUAAGAUGAUGAUGAUCUUCCCGUGGGACCGCUGGUUCUCCACCAGCUGCUGCCUGUGCUGCCAUGUCCGCACAGGGACCAUCAUCCUGGGCGUCUGGUACAUGCUCAUCAAUGCCGUGGUGUUACUCAUCCUGCUCACGGCGCUCAGCGAUCCAGAGCAGUACCACCUGACCAGUGCUGAGCUGGCUAAUGACCUGGAUGUCAUGGAUGACGCCAACAUGUGCAUCGCCUCGGCCAUCUCUCUGCUGAUGAUUCUGAUAUGCGGCAUGGCAACAUACGGCGCAUACAAGCUGCGCGCCGCCUGGAUCGUCCCGUUUUUCUGCUACCAAAUAUUUGACUUUGCUCUCAACACCCUGGUUGCCGUGAGCAUCGUGGUUUACCCAAACACAGUGCAGGACUACCUGCAGCAGCUGCCGGAUAACUUCCCCUACAAAGAGGAGAUCGCAGCUCUCAGUAACGUGUGCUUGGUCCUCAUCAUGCUCCUCUUCAUCGGCUCUAUUCUCGGCUUCAAGGCCUACCUGCUGGCUUGUGUGUGGAACUGCUACAGAUACGUGAGCGGCCGGGGGGCUUCCGAGAUCCUGCUCUACGUCACAACCAACGACACCACGGUGCUGCUGCCUCUGUACGACGACAGCGUCAGCGUCCCUCCCAAGCAGGCUCCUCCCCCAUACAGCCCCGCCAAAGCAUGAAAGCAUUCCCGGACUGGACCCUGCUGUUAAUAUAGCCCCACCCCCACCCGGCUCCGCCCCCCUCAGCAAGAUUUCUGCACCACACUGCCUCUCCAUUGUACAAUAUAUACAUCCAUGGAUAUAUAUAUAUAUAUAUAUAUAUAUUGUAGCUACACAGACAUUCCAGUACACCCAUGCAUGCACCGGCGCAUAUCAAACCAUCGUAUGCACACACCUCUACCACCGCGUGACCGCUCGUCCCUUCCUGUUGUUUCAUCGGUUUCUGUGAUGUGCAUUUCAAAAAGUUUUAGAUACUCUAUAUUUGGAUUACUUCUAGUCUCGCUUCGCGUGUACCGUAAAUAGUGUUUUGUGUCCUACCUUUGAUAGUCACAUCUAAGCGAUACACAAAUGAUCUUAUUGCCCGGAGUGAUGAGUGAACAGUCGCCGUGUGUGUGUUCCCGUCUGUCUCGUGGUCGGCGUUGGAUUGCCUUUUUACUCGUAACUUUCUGUCUGAUGGGAAUGACCCUUUUCAUGCGGUUUGAUCCUCCCCAUGUGUGAAGUGUCACCGUGACUGGAAGUUGUCCCAAAGAAAACGCUUCUGCCUGUAUUCUGACAUGAUCACAAAGCAACCUAGUGUAUAUUGAACAUAUCAUCUUUUUUUUAUUUCGUUUCAUUCCACGACAAACAAAAGAAUUCGUUGUGACCGUCGUAACUUUGAAAUGUGGCCGUGUGUUUCUACUGAUGGACGAGAAGAGAAGAAAAAAACCCGCAUAUUCCGGUUAUUUAUCUAUUUUUAAUGCACAGAAGUAGCGCUGAUCUGGAAUCAGCGUGCUCUUUGAAGUCGCUAAUGAGUCGCUCAAGGGAACCCGGUGCUGCAGAUCGGGGUCCCUCUGGGUCCAGGAGCUCAGUAAAUAUGUGGACCCUGUGUGUGUUUUCUCAAUCAAAACCAACGGGAGCUUCUGGUCUGCUCCACCAGAUGCAGGUAUUGGCCGGCUGCUUCCUGGCAACAACAAAGUCAGUGCAAGGUAAACGAGUCAAACCUGUGGGCUGCUGCUGUAUGAAAAGAUGUAUUUGUGUAUUAAAAGUCUAAUUUCACCGAGA